AGCUUGCGAGAGCCGCAAGCCAAAAAUUAUGGCGUGGUGCUCCAGCGUGCAACACAAGCUUUUCAGGAGAUUCGUUGCGUUUGCACUCGAUCGCAGACACAAUGGCGAUCAGCUACACGACAAUCGCUGUGAUAUCGGCCGUCAUCGCAGCUGUAACCUUCGGCAUCCCCUGGCUGCUGGCCGAAGUCUUCCCCGUGCAGAGCCUGUUGAAACAGCGCAAUGGACGGCCAACGGUGACCACCAAGUCGUACAAAGGCCGCACGGCACUGAUCACGGGAGCGAAUGGAGCAUUUGGCUCGAGAGCGGCAAAGCUGUUUGCUGAACGGGAUGUUGAGACUCUGGUGCUUGUCGACGUCAGGGACUGCACCGCGGUCAAGGAACAGAUCGAGGCCGAGGCUACAGCGAACGGCCGAGCGAAACCCAACAUUCUCCUUUGGCAAAUCGAUAUGAUGACCUUUGCAGGCUGUCAGGUACUGGCGAAGAAGGCCAAAGAGCUCAAGAACCUCGAUCACGUUCUGUUGACGGCCGGAAUCCUCUCGUUUGACCGCCGCGAAUCGCCCGAGGGCUGGGAGACGUCCAUUCAGGUCAACUUCUUGUCCAAUGCGCUCAUUGCUUUGACUCUGCUUCCGCUUCUACGGUCUUCCCCCGGCAAUCCUACCCCUCCGGUUCUGACCUUUGUCACAACGUUCAGCGUCUAUCCCGCUUCGCCUACGAUGGGCAUGCCGCGCACUGGCUCAUAUCUCAAGCGUCUCAGUAAUAACAAGCCGGGACUGGCGCAAGGGCAUCAGUACGGACGAUCAAAGGCACUGUUGCUGUAUUUUACCCGUGAACUUGCCGCUCGGGUCAGCGCGGCGGAGAAGCAGGGGCGUAUGAAGGGCAAAGCGACGGUCAACAGCGCCGACCCGGGCUCUUCCUGGACAGGCCUCACCAAUCCGAACCAAUCGAUGUUGAUCCCGAGACUGAUCAUGAACAUUUCCGCGCGAGACCCGGUCAUUGGCGCCACGGCGUUGGUUAAUGGUGCCUCCAGCUCCGCGAGCGGGCAUGGCCAGAUCAUGGCGGAUUUCGACAUGGACCCAUAUCCGCCUUUCAUGGAAAGGAAGAGUGGACGGUUUGCGCAACAGCGUGUGUGGGAGGAGACGAGAGCCGAGCUGGAGGCCAAGGUGCCAGAUAUCAAGGCUGUCUACGAGAUGCUGGAUCGGAAGUAAGUGGGGCUGGAGUCAGCAUGAAACGUGGUUGUUGAAGGACUACCAAGCAUCAUGGUGCAUUCUAUAAGGCUGGGUCAGGGUCUGACAUUGGAAUGACCCGAUUGCUCUCUAAUUCACCUAUUCACUCCAAA